AUGGUCCUGAGGACCGUUUGUCCUAGGCCAUGGCAACUGGGUCUCCUGUCCAGGACGCACCUGCUCUCUCGAGCUCAUCAGCAACCGCAACGGUAUUCUAGCUCAGACUCCAAGAAGAACGACAGCAAAGCUUUUGCAAAGUCGCUGCUGCUACCGAAGACAACAUUCCCGUUGUGGGCUGAUGCGAAGGAGGUCGAAGGGAGGUACAGGGACUUGACUUGUGACCAGCUGUACAAUUGGCAGAAAGAGAAUUCCAAGGGACCUCUGUUUGUGUUCCAUGAUGGUCCCCCAUAUGCCAAUGGCGACUUACAUAUGGGACAUGCUCUGAACAAGGUUCUGAAGGAUAUAAUCAACCGGUUCCAGCUUCUCAUGGGUCGACGGGUUCACUAUGUUCCAGGCUGGGAUUGUCAUGGCUUGCCUAUCGAGAAUAAAACUUUGAAGGAACUGAAUACCAGCGCAUCUCAGCUACCCCCGGAAAAGAUCAGAGAAGCUGCGAGAGCAACGGCACUGCGAGAAGUGGAUUCUCAAAAGGAUCAGUUCAGGCCUCUUGGAGUUAUGGCAGACUGGAACUCGGCACAGAAUACGUAUCGGACACUUGACCAUGACUAUGAAAUCCGGCAACUCCGCAUAUUCCAGCAAAUGGUGGCCAAAGGGUUGAUCUACCGCCAUUACCGACCAGUCCACUAUUCCCCGUCCUCAAUGUCGGCCUUGGCUGAAGCGGAAUUGGUGUACAAGGACGACCACGUCUCUCACUCGGUCUUUGUGACAUUCGACCUUGAUAUGCAGGCUCCUGGUAUUAGCGACAACUUGCGCUUGAUUGGUUCGAGCCAUCCGAAAGUCAAGCUGCUGGUAUGGACGACGACGCCUUGGACGUUGACUGCGAACAUGGGAAUUGCCAUUCAUUCCGACCUUACUUAUGCGCUUGUUAAGGCUUCGGACGACGCGACUUACAUCAUCGCCCAGGACCGACUCGACUAUGUUUCGGAAAUGAUUGGCCCCGUCGAAGUUAUUUCUACGAUCUCCGGAGCUGACCUCAUCAAUGCAUCUUACACGCCUAUCUUCUCGUCUCUGCCAUCUGCCGCUACGCGCCCGCUCAAGGUCAUCCAUUCCUCACAUGUCACUUCAGACUCGGGUACUUGCCUCGUUCAUUGUGCACCGGCUCACGGUCCCGAGGACUACCAUGCCUUCAAAGCGCUCAGCUUGAUCUCGGACCCCAACAGCAUUUUGUGCCAUGUUGGACGCGCUGGAGAGUAUAUCUCCACGGUUGCUGAAGUCGUAGGCGAGCAAGCAGCUGGGACCUUGGUCGGAAAGCCUGUUUUGAAGGACGGAGGAAAGGCCGCUGUGGAUCUCCUUAGAGAGGUAGGGCAGCUGGUCAAGGUGAAGAGGAUCAAGCAUCGAUAUCCUUAUGACUGGAAGACGGACGAACCCGUCAUUGUGACGGCUACUUCACAAUGGUUCGCCAACCUGGACAGUAUCAAAGCAGAUGCGCUCAACGCACUGGCUGAGGUCAACUUCUUCCCCGCACUUUCCCGCAACCGCCUCGAAUCCUUCACCCGCUCCCGGUCUGAAUGGUGUAUCUCUCGUCAGCGCGUCUGGGGUGUUCCUAUUCCCGCCUUGUACGAAGUCUCCACCGACAAGGCCAUCCUCGACGCUGCCUCCCUCGACCACAUCCUCGGUAUCCUUUCUGAGAAGGGUGUCAGUUACUGGUGGUCCGGCCCCGUCGAAGAGUUCCUCCCUCCCUCUGUCCUGGCUAAGGCGAAAGAAGAGCAUCCCGGCCGUGACCUCGGAGAGCUAUUCCGCAAGGGUACGGAUACCAUGGAUGUCUGGUUCGACAGCGGGACGUCGUGGUCCAUGUUGCCCGAAAUGGGAGUUGGAAAAAGCACGGAAUGGGAUGGAAUGAAGAGGCCGUUCCAUGCGGAUAUCUGCUUGGAAGGUUCUGACCAGCAUCGCGGGUGGUUCCAGAGCCAGCUGUUGACCAGCAUUGGGUCGCAUUCUGGAGCAGAUGGAAGCAAGCCGGCGGCCCCGUAUGGAACCCUCAUUACACACGGUAUGGUCCUUGAUGAGAAGGGCAGGAAGAUGAGCAAGUCGUUGGGUAAUAUCAUCAGCCCUUUGACUGUGAUCAACGGUGGCAAGGUGGGUGUGCCCUCUGAUGAUACCACUUGGCAGGACAUUGACAGGGCAUCCUUCCUACAGGAUAAAAAGAAGCAACCUGCCUAUGGCGCGGAUAUUCUUCGCCUGUGGGCAGCCAGCGUUGAAUACUGGCGCGAUAUGUCAAUUGGCCCUACAAUCCUCUCUCAAACUGCGGAAUCGUAUCGCAAGAUUCGAAAUUCCGCGCGGUUUGCUUUGGGCAAUAUUGAUGGUGUAGAGGGAAGACCUGUGAUUGAGAAGGUUCCGAAGGAAAAGUUGGGCUUGACUGCAUUAGACGGUUACGCUACAUAUAAUUUCCCCAAAGUGGUUAAUGCUCUCACUAAUUUCUCAAACAUCACCCUCUCGUCACUCUACUUUGAUAUCACCAAGGAUUGCUUGUACGCGAACAAGGUUGACAGCGUCGAGAGAAGGGCUGUUGUCACUCUCUUGAACCAUAUCCUCCACUCCCUAUCCAAAAUCAUGGCCCCUGUUCUACCUCACCUUGCUGAGGAGAUUCACGCCACCUGGAAGAACGACGGAAAGUCUGUGUUUAUGACUCCUUGGACACCUUUGGGUCCUGAAUGGCAAGACCCCGAAGCGGCCCAGCGUAUGGGGCAGUAUCUUCAACUCAGGACGGCUGCGUUAUCCCUCUUGGAACAGGCGCGAGGGAAGAAGUGCGUUCAACCUUACACUGCGCUUCGUGGCACUUAUUCUGACGCUGUGAACAGGCAAAUUCGCAGUUCGCUAGAAGCUGGCGUGGACAUUAUCAUCCCCGAUGAGGCGCCUAUGGGGGAUGAAUUUGUCGCGAUGCUCCAAAGCGAAGGAGCGGUUUUCCUUCCAGUCGAUAUUCUCAAGACACUCUUCAUCGUUUCGGAUGCUACUAUCACCUCGCCAGGUGGAUUGGGCACCUCGUCGCCAGAAUGGGCGUACAUGGACACGGUCGAUGUUUCAGGUUCUCCCGUCGACAUUGCGAUCCGGGUUCGCCCUGCCGGGUUGGAGAAAUGCCCCCGAUGCUGGACAUACACUCGUGAAGAGGAUCACACGCUCUGUCCUCGGUGUACAGAAGCCGUACCGGAAGUUCUCCAAGCCAACUGA